AUGGGGAUAGAGGGCAAUGAGGAAGCAGACCGCUUGGCUAAGCGGGCAGUCUCAUCCACUGCAGCCCCAGCCUAUGGUCUCGAGGCCACACCCACAGUCAGUGGGGUCCGCACAGUGGCCAAGCAGCUCAGCCAAGAGGCAAGGCGAAAGUGGUGGAGUGGAGCCUGUGGCAAGCUCUCUGACUGGUACCGGGGCUGGAGUUUCAGCAGGCCGACUGUGGAAUACCAAGUGAAGGCCCCUCCGGAGCUCACCAUGCCACGGCAUGCCCUUCACCGCUGGCUCGCACUCCGCUCCUCUCAUGGGGAUUUCUUUUGGUACCACAGGCGUUUCCAGCAUGCAGAUGCGAGGCUCACCUGUGUCUGUGGACACAACAAGAGCCCAGAACAUUUGGUGCUCUGUCGACACUCACAGAGGCACUUUCUUCACUGGCCCAAGAGGCCAGCAGCACGGCCACACAACCGGGAGACAGCUGUUGCCUAUCUAGGGUCUCUGACCCCUACAGACUUUGUAGAACUGCUGGACUGCACGCAGUUCUACACACGGUACUGCACAAGGUAA